UCUCGUCCGUCGUCCACACUCCGCUGUGAACCGCGGACGAGGAUGGAAAAGCAACAGGAUAGCAUCUCUACCGUCGGGGUGGGAAAGGAGUACCCUCCCAGCGAGGCCUACUCUUCGGAGCCUCCCCCGGCGUACCAGCGGCCUAGAGCGACAGCUGUGCAGAUCGCUAGGAUCGCAGCCACUACAGUGAUCGCUGUCACAUUCAUACUUGGCUUCUUCAUGUUGGCCUCGGCCUACAUCACGGCCUCUUACUCCUGCGCCAACUACAACCUGCAAGAGGCCAUCAGACAGGAGAUGGAGGAUCAGCCGCAGUACCAGCACUUGGUAGACCCGCUGCAGUCGGAUGAGAGCGUAGCUGCGGAUAAGCGAGAGUCUCUGGUGCCGCCCCCACCCGCCCAGAAUCUCCAGCAAGCCGCCCAGCAGCCUGAUAUGGCCACCCCUAUUCAGAUCAAGCUGCCACUCACUCUGGACUUCGACGAUCUCGCUGGGGCUCUCGUGGAGAAGAACCAGAGGUCCAGGAUGAACUGCGUUGUAGAGAAACGUCGUGCCGAGGAGGUGAUGGACCAUCAGCCCAAGACUGUGCGACUACCUUUCGGCGUGAACCUGACGACUGACCCGCGUUACGAACACGUCACUGGUGAGAGGAUGGCCAUCUUCUGCGAGAGCGGCAACGACCAGAGGCAUGUUCCAGUAGACAACAGCAUCGCCACCCCCGUCGUCGUGCCAGUUCCCAUCCACCAAGAGGCGAUGCACCUGAUCCCCAUGCCAAUGCCCAUGGGUUCCAACGGUCCAAUGUUCCCUCCCCACGGUCAAAUGUUCCCUCCCAACGGUCCUAUGUUCCCUCCUCAUGGUGGACCUCCCCCUCCCCACAUGAUGCCACGUCAUCCUCAGCAGAUGAUCCACCCACCGCCACCACAGCACUACCCUCAUCCCCACCCAGCCCAGACCCAGGCUAUCCCUCAGAUGGCUCACCCGGAGAUCCCAAUGUCUAUCCUGACCCGUAUCGCCCAGGAAGAGGCGGAGUCCAAGGAUGACUCACCGGUUCACAUUAUCGCCAGGGAGGAGAUUAUCCCGGUGUUUCACCCAGCUAGUCCCGAGGGAAGGGCGAUGAACCUCCCUCAGCACCCUGCUCCCGUCCCAGCGGAGAUGGUGCAGCCACCCCCACCGCCUCCACAGUUUGCUAGGAGUAUGCAGAUGCCACAGACUACCCAGCUGCACCCGGCCCCACCAGUGGAGCAACAAACAAGGCCACAUUACGUGCAGCCCAGGUCUGUACGCAGCGUGGAAGAUACGUUCCUGAAGAGAGAGAAGAGAGUGAAGCGUUGUGCAUGUGACUGCUCAUGCUAGACGCAACUGACCAAUCAAACUUGUACAUUUGUCAUGACGUCACACCCUCUACAUACGACGCAUGCGCACCCACUCGGGCUGUGUUUCUGUUAUUAAUAGAUUUCUUAAUAAACUUCUAUGUUAUGUUUUCUUUAA